AUGUUUGUCGAUGGCAUGCGUGAAGGGCAGUUUCGCCUAUCGCUGGAACGCGCGGAGCCUGCCACGUUGGAGGGGGCUUUCGUUAUCGCCCUCCAUGAGGACUGCAGAGUCACCAAGGCCUAUACCAAGCCUUCAGUUGUUACCGCUGUCAAAUCAGCGGGCCCGGAAGCUAUAGAGAUUGAUGCGAUUGAGUCGUCGGGUGACCGACAGCGUGUUACGCCCUACAAGGGCGACGUCCAUAGCGGACGUCAGAUGAUCUCCUUUCGAUGUCGAAAGUCGGGACAUCGCGCGGCUGAAUGCCGCGCGCCAGCACCGAUGUCAGUACACGCAACGGACACCCAUCAAGAGGGAGGGACUCCGUUCACUCGUCCAAAAAACGGAUGA